UCAGGUACAUCCCCCAGAACAGCAGGCUCCCCUCUCCCUUCCUCCUCUGUUCACCAGGGAAUGAACCAGGGCUCACAGGGCUGGGGAGGCCGGAACAGCCAUGCCCCACCCCUUUGGGCAUGGUCUCUUCUGUACCCCAGCUAGCCCCACCCUGUCCCCUCAGAUCCCCCUGGUGCCCCUGCUCCCGGCCCUCAGCAUCCUCCUCAACAUCUGCCUCAUGCUGAAGCUCAGCUACCUGACCUGGGUGCGGUUCACAAUCUGGGUGCUACUGGGACUGGCUGUGUAUUUCGGCUACGGCAUCUGGCACAGCAAGGAGAACCAGCGGGAGCCCCCAGAGCUGACCGUCACCCGCUAUGUGGUGUUCCCCAGUGGCAGCCUGGAGGAGACGGAGCAGGCCGUGCAACCCUCCAGCCAGGCGCCACCCCCUGCGCCCAGCCACACGGAGUAGCCGGCCACCCUCACCUGCCCUGCCCUCCCCCACCUCCUCAGGAGCCCCCUCUGUCCAGGGCAGCUUGGGUUUACCUGCUCAGUCUGGGGUCCCUAGGACUUUAGGACUUAGCCUAAGCACUGAGUUUCAGGUCUCCAGGAGGGAGCCUUGGCCAGCACUGGUGCACUGGCCUCUUAGCCCAGUGCCUUCUUGCUCCUGACUGACUCCAGCUCCCUGGAAGGUGAGGUGGGGCUGGUGGGAGGCCCACAGGCCCAGGGAUCCAUAAUAAUGGCUCACCCAGCCAUAUGGUCUGC